AUGUCAAGUUAUAAAGAAAUUGAAGAUACAAUUAAAACAUUACCUGAAUUUUAUAAACUUGAAUCUAAGACUUUUCUUUCUUUAAAAAAAUUAAUCAUACCCAAUAUCAGAAAGAAUAAGUUUAAUCCACCAAGAGCACAAAAUUGUUUUAUGAUUUUUCGAAAAGAUUUUACUGCUUAUUAUAAUUCUUUAAAUCAAAAAGGAGACAUAGACAAAGUUUCAAUUUUAGCUA